AUGUCGAUCGAAGCAAACGCCAUGGAGACGCCAUGCCAUCGUGAGUAUUUCUUUGUCAGUGGAACCUACGUGGAAGAUGGCUCUCCAAUGGGUGGCUACACAAUGAAAGACCAGACAUAUGUUGAGUGCUUAUCACCGAUAGACGGGGUCAAAAAAGAGUUUCCAAUGAUAUUUGUCCACGGAGGGGGUCAAAGUGGCUUGAACUGGCUGAACACACCUGAUGGUCGAAAAGGAUGGGCAUCAUACUUCCUCGAUCACGGAUAUAUGGUGUAUUUGCUUGACACUGCAUCAAGGGGAAGAUCUGCGCCUGAUUUCUCGAAAAAACAUGUUCAUUAUCCCACUGGGUUUGUAGAAUCUCAGUUUACGGCGACAAGGAUUGCGGCCAAGUGGCCACAGGCUAAAUUGCACACUCAAUGGCCUGGUAGUGGUUUGGCUGGUGACAGCAUUUUUGACCAAUUUUAUGCGUCAACAUUUCCAAGUAUGUUCGACCUUGUUGCCUAUCAGCGGGCGCAAAAGAGAGGCAUUUCUGCACUGCUCGAUCGGAUUGGACGUCCAAGUAUCCUAAUUAUACACUCUCAAGGUGCUCCUGGUGGAUGGCUCGCAGCCGAUGCUCGUCCGGGGCUGGUCAAAGCCAUCAUUGCGGUUGAACCAAAUGGGCCUCCAUUUGCAGGAACUCAUCCACAUGACGGGUCGAUUGCGAGACGCUGGGGUGUUACUGAUGUACCAAUUCAAUUCUCCCCACCGAUAUCAGAUCCUUCAGAACUUUGUCUCAUUACUAUCCCACCGUCAGAAAGUGACAAGGAAUCUAUCGUGAUUCAGGAUGAGAGUGGUGAUCAUGUCGUCCAUAAGUUGAAGAAUCUCCAACACAUACAGGUCUUGGUGGAAGUGGGUGAGGCGAGUUAUCAUGCCCCAUAUGACCACGCAACAGUAGCUUUUUUGAAACAAGCUGGUGUGGAGUGCGACUUUAUCAGACUUGAAGACUUGGGUAUCAAAGGGAAUGGCCAUAUGCAGAUGCUGGAAAUGAACAACCUGGAAAUUGCAGCAGUUUUGAACAAGUGGAUAGAGGAGAAAGUUAAAUAA